CCGCGGUCGGGGCGAGGCCGGUCGGGGCGGGGAGGCGGCGCCCCCGCGGGUGGUGCGGGCCGGGGAGGUUUAAAGCGGGCGGCGGGGGGAAGCGGUGCCGGUGGGAGCCCGCGGCGGGGGACGGCGGGAGCCGCGGUCCCCCUUGGGCAGGAUGCGCGGGGGCUGCGCGGCGGCGGUGGCCGUGCCCUGGCUGGCCCUGCUGGCCCUGGCCCGGCAGCCCCCCGAGAAGCCGGCGGCCGCCCCCCUGCUCACCCGCCGACCCUUCCUGGUGGCCUGGAACGUGCCCACCCAGGACUGCAAGCCACGCUUCCAGGUGUCCCUCGACUUCAGCCUCUUCGACCUGCAGGCCUCCCCCAACGAGGGCUUUGUGGGGCAGAACCUCACCAUCUUCUACAAGGAGCGCCUGGGGCUCUACCCCUACUACAACAGCCAAGGUGUGGCCAUCAACGGCGGGGUCCCCCAAAACAGCAGCCUGUCCGAGCACCUCGCCCGCCUCCACGAGGGCAUCAGCAAGUACAUCCGCUCGCCCGCCAAGGAGGGGCUGGCCGUCAUCGACUGGGAGGAGUGGCGGCCCAUCUGGGCUCGCAACUGGAAGCCCAAGGACAUCUACCGGGAGGUGUCGCAGCAGCUGGUGUACCAGCAGCAGCCCACCUGGUCCCGCGAGAAGGUGAACAAGCAGGCGGUGUUCGAGUUUGAGUCGGCCGCCCGGCAGUUCAUGGUGAGCACCCUGCGCGUGGCCAAGAGCUUCCGACCCAAGCAACUCUGGGGGUUCUACCUCUUCCCCGACUGCUACAACCACGACUACAGCAAGAACAAGGAGAGCUACACCGGCCAGUGCCCGGAUGUGGAGAAGACGCGCAAUGACCAGCUGGCGUGGCUCUGGAGGGAGAGCAUGGCCCUCUACCCCUCCAUCUACCUUGACCUGCUCCUGGCCUCCACCCCCAACAGCCGCAAGUUUGUGCGGGCACGAGUGAUGGAGGCCAUGCGUAUCUCGCAACAGCACCACGAUGGCUAUUCCCUGCCCGUUUUCGUCUACACCCGGCCCACCUACAUCCGCAAGCUGGACGUGCUCAGCCAGUCGGACCUGAUCUCCACCAUUGGAGAGAGUGCAGCGCUGGGAGCAGCUGGAGCCAUUUUCUGGGGUGAUGCUGACUACACUAAAAACCGGGACUCGUGCCAGAUCAUCAAGAACUACCUGGAGGGGGACCUGGGCCGCUACAUCGUGAAUGUCACGACGGCAGCGCAGGUCUGCAGCACAGUGCUGUGCCAGGGCCGGGGCCGCUGCCUGCGCCAGGACAGCACUGCUGACGUCUUCCUCCACCUCAACUCCACCAGCUUCCAGCUGCGGCACCGGGACGGGGACCACCCCCAGCACCCCCUCUUCUGGGCUGAGGGCCAGUUGUCUUCAGCUGACACCCUCUUCCUACGGACCCACUUCCGCUGCCACUGCUACCAGGGCUGGCAGGGCAGCGGCUGCCAGGUGCCUGCUGGCCCCCGCAGUGAUGCCCCUGACCUCCUGGCACCCAUGGGACUUGGGGUGCUGUUGCUGCUUGCAAGCUGGUGCUACCUCCCCCUGGACUGAACUGCCCCCCUAGCACCCCUUUUCUGUGGUGGUGUAGGGGACCUAUUUAAGAUAUCCCUGCUUGGCCUGGGAGGCAUCUUGUUACGGGGGGGCUGCCCCUUGCUUGGGGGGGGGGAGUGGAGCUGUGUGGGUGCCCUACCUCUGCCCUCCCUGCUGCAGGGCGGGUGCCCCUCAUGGGGAUGGAGGGAGGGGUGGCAGCCUCUCCUGUUGUAAGGAGAGGGAUGGGGGCAAGGGGGUCAUGGGGGCAGGGAGUGGGUGCUGUGUGGUGCUGAGCCCCUGUGCGCUGCCCCACACCAAAGUGCUUUACCUCGAAUAAAGCUGGGUGGAGUGUG